ACAUCGUGUUGCUUCCCCAACAGCCUAUCAUCAAUUGAAUCUCCUCCGCCACCGCAGAGAUGAGCUCAGCUGCAGCAUACUACUACACCGGAUGCGAACACGACUACGAGCCGCACUUCCUCGAUUCCUGCUCCCUCUGCGGCAGAUCGCUCUGCCAAAACAACGACAUCUUCAUGUACAGAGGGAACACGCCGUUCUGUACCCAGGAGUGCAGGCAGGAACAGAUAGAGAUGGAUGAGGCGAUGGAGAAGAAGAAAUGGAAGAGGUCUUCUUCCUCCAACAGAUCCAGCGGUGCGAGACAGAGCUCCGACGAAUCCGACAUGAAUAAAGCUGUACGGACUGGAAAAGUGGCUGUGGCCUGAGAUUAAACUUGAUUCCAAAUAAUUAUUUGAGAAGAAACUACUGAUAACUUCAUCGGUGAGAGAGAGAGAUGGGUGCAGAAGAAGUCCGUACCGACAAUUUUGAAUUUUCCUUAAUAGUUUUAUUUUUCCUUUCCUUUUCUUCUAUGAGAAUAUGGUGUAUAUGUCAGGCCAUCCACAACUCUGUUCCCCACCGUUCCUAAACCGUUUCUUAAACUACUAUUUGCGGGGCCCACUGUACUUUUUUACUCCAUUCCUUAACUAAGGAACGAAACCUGCAACCCUCCGUUUCUUA